GAGAGAGAAACCGAGAGUGGGCUGUGCCUUUACGUCAGCACUGGAAGUUUUAAACCUCGGUCGAGCGCCCGUGAACCGCGCUCAUUCCAGCGCAGAAAAAUCUACGAAUUCACAGAGUUUUAGAAACAUUGUGAGCAUGGCUGAUUUCAGUAUUGAUCAGAACCGUUUACCAGGAGUGAAAGAAGUGUGCCGUGACUUCGCUGUGCUGGAGGAUGGCUGCCUGGCCUACAGUCUCCAGGAGCAGGAAAUUGAGAGUCACCUGGCCUCCAACAUUCACAAGAGCCGCCUGAUCCGGAGUGAUAUACAGGUGGCCCGGCGUUUGCAGGAGGAGGAAGACCUCCAGGUCCAAGCCCGCGGUCAGAGAUGGCAGAGAGACAUAGAUCAGAGUGACACUGAGGUUGCUAAGGGGAUUCAAGACAGGCUAGUUCGACAGGCUGAGCAGCAACGAAGACAGGAAAAGAUGGAUGAGGCCAUUGCUCGCAAGCUGCAAGAGAAGGAGAUGAAGGAGGGAAAGAAGAAGAAAAAGCAGCAGGAAGUCUUCGUGGAGCCACACUGCGAGGGCAGAGGAGACUGGAAUGUACAGGGCAACUACAGCAUGAAGGAAGUUACCCAGGACAUUAACCGUCUGGCCUUGCAAGACCAAGAGCUCAGAGACAUGGAAGUGGCCAGAAAGUUGUACAAGGAGGAGCAGAAGGCAAGUCAGGCAGACACAAGGGCAGCCCAAGUUGCUCAGGACGAGGAAAUCGCUCGAUUACUGAUGGAUGAGGAGAGGAGGCGCUGCAUGUCAUCCAGAGAAAAAAGCAGACCAGACGUGAACUCGAGGGCAAGCUCAGAGCAAGUUGUGAGGGCCAGGUCACAUGAGGACAGCCAGAGAUCCAUAAAGGAGAAACCAGCCAGACCACCCCCUCCUACACGCAACCGUGAGAAUGUGGACCCCUGCCCCACCCGCCUUCCAACCAGAACAGAGCCCACAUCCAGAGGCCCCAACUGCAGGCGGUGACCCUGGAUACCUGCUGCCAUGUUGCCGUGUUUUUUAUUUUGUAUUUUAUGUUUCAUUUUAUAUUGUCUGUUAUUUUAUUUGGGUUUUUUGCCUUUUAUUUCAUGUUUCACCCAGACCAAAGUCUGGCAAAUUACACAUGGCCAUAUCAGGAGAAAGGAGGUGGCAAUAGAAUGGAAUGAAUUUUCAUUCUCACAACCAAAAGAAAGAAGGAAAUGGAGGACGGUAUUACUCUUACUCGGCACAGAAAGGGGGAGGAAGAAGGGAAGCUGUGAACAGUGUUUUGUGUCCUCCUGUUUGACUGUAGACAUUGAGGGAAUGCAACCUUCCCUGUAGACACAGGGUCAUCUUUGCUCGGCGUGGCUGGAUUUAGGGUCACAUGACCUGGAUGGGAAUGUUCACAGAGCCAACCUGGUCCCUGCUAAGGCCCCUAUCUCCAUUUAAUGUCACUGAACAAGGUUGAGAAUUGAGACCUCACGAAGGUGCAACAUGUUUGGAUUCACACACACCCUGUCCUCCUUCUGAGGGACUAGAGCUGUUUAGUCAUACCAGGACACAAAAUAGGCAUUGCCUAUCUGGCUAUAUACCAUCGUUUUAGUCUCAAAAUGCUGAAACAGCAUAUGGGCUUGUUCUGACACUUGUCUGGUCCCUGUGCUUCUGCCACUUAAAGCCAUGAAGCGGUGGGUAUUGACUCCCUGUCUACAGGUAUUAGUAACACCUGUAUUCUGUUAGCUUUCAGGCCUGCCCUCUGUAGAUAUGUGCAGGCUGGUGUUCAGGCUCACUUGUAGUAAAUGUGCACAGACAAGUGUUUAGGGCCACUCACAACAGGUAUGUGCAGACUGGUUUUUGGGGGUGUUCCUUCAAUUUGUCUCUGUUCCCUAAUGCACUUGUUAUGGCAUGUGGGUUGCUGUGUGUUUCACUGCUCAGAUCUUGUUCACAGAAUCUUGGCACCACUGCUUUAAAAAUGAGCAUUUCCAUUUUUUUGUGUUGAGAGUGUUUAGUUUUUCUCUUGGCUGAUUGUGUGUUGGAUGUGAUGCUGUUUGUGAUGUUUGCCAUCUUGAAAAUGUCCAUUACUUUUGAGACUUUUAUUUAAACUAAGCUGCUUUUAAUUGUUUUAUUUUAUUGGAAGUAAACUUUUAUAUAUCACACAUCAAUGUGUUCAGGGAUAACAUCUGUGU